GUCCGAAGUUCAUGCAUCUUACGUGCACUUCGUCCUCGUCCUCGGACAUGCUGCUGGGCCAGCAGCGCUGGCGUAAAGAAGCCUUUGACAAGAAGAAUAAGAUCGGCCAAUCAAAUCGCUCCUCCAGGCUGACGCUGUCACUCCGAGAAACACCACUUCGAGCACAGUAAGACGAUGGUAAUCACCUCGGAGGUUCCAGCGCGGCCUGGCCAGCUCACGACGGGGUUUCUGCAGCAGAUACUGCAGGUUUCGUAUCCAUCAUAUCGCGUGGUCGAAUUCCAGUGGGAGCCCAUGAACCUCGGGGUCAUCGCUGAGGUGGUGAUCAUCACAGUGGAGUUCGAGUGUAAUGCCGACAGCGGAGAGGCCAAGAGGGCGGAGAAGCGUUUUGUGGGGAAGUUCCUGCGACCGGAAUUCCCGUUCGAGUCCAUGUUCUCGGUGGAAUCGAAGUUCUAUAACAAGUUCACGACCAAGAAAGGUGACGCAGUCAUGAAAAACACGGUGAACAUGGUGGGGUUCCCGUUUGCUAUCCCGACUGCAAUAUUCACGUCCAAUGUACUCAUUGUGUUAGAAUGCGUUGAGUCGGUGAAGACCUUCACAUGUGUGGAUGGCAGCCCGCCGCACCACAUCCCGAUCUUAGUGACAAAGCUCGCGCAGAUGCACGCUCGCUUCUGGAACCACGACUGCAACGGACUCGCAAUCCCUGCAGGGAUUGGCAGCCAACUUACAGGUGAAGAGAAAAGAUUGCAGUUUCCAGACUGCUGGAUGGACUUCUUGAAUGAUGUGCCGUUGGAAAGCAGCGAGAAAACGAAGUUGACAGUGCUCUGCCAACGUCUAAGCCAAAAGCCAGACCAGCUCAAAGUAGUGCACGACAUGGUGGACAACGGCCCGUCUUGUUUAAUUCAUGGUGAUUUCCACAUUGCAAAUAUGCUCCUACCGACGGAUGGCACGGAGAACGAGGUUACGUGGCUUCUGGAUUGGGCGACGUGCGGAAAGGGUAACCCGCUGCGAGAUCUCGCCUUCUUCUUUAUCGUCAGCGUCCAAGCAAGUCAUCGCCAAGCAGAGGAAGCACAGUGUCUGGAAAUUUAUCACAAGGCGUUAACAGCAGAGACGGGAGCUGUGCGCUUGUCACUGGAAGAGCUGCACCGACAGUAUAAGGUGUGCGUGCUCAACCAAUUCUUGAUUUUGGUAGUCUUCGACAGCCUCAGCAAGAGCCUGGCGGCAAAUGCAAAGACGGAAAGGCUCCGGGUGGAGCUGGACGAACAUUUCCGAGAGGUGAACCGUCGUUCAUGCUUGAGCGUGUUGGAUAACCUCAGUGAGAAGGACUUCCAACUUCUGGAAGCCCGAUGCCCGUGACAACCUUUUGACUGCGUAGCACCUGUAACUUCAAAAUGAAGCCAUGUCUGUCCUUACUUCAUUUUGCACGUUAACUAACUUUAUCUACAUCUAUGCCAGCCU